AUGACCUCAGCUAAAGUCGCGCCCAUCGUGGCCCCAGCUGAAGCCGUUCCCAUCAUUGUCCCGGUCUCUGCCCCGAAGCAUGAGCCUAUAACCAUCUCGAAGCCGUCCGCAGAGGAGCUAGCCCCUGAGGUUUCACCUUCAGCCACUAGGGUAGAGAGGGAGGUGGUCAGGGAGACUGUCCCUGCGCGAUCCAUAACUCAUCGCCCAGCCAUCGGCCGAGCUCUUUAUCAGCCGAACCGAUGCCCUUCAUAUACCAAAGGCGAACAUAGCGACACGCUCUCCCGUCGCCAUGUCAACUUCAUGAAUGAUUACUCAGCAGUCUGUUACCAAUUACUGCCAAUGAUGGUUGAGGUGAAGGAGAUGGAACAGCUCGAGGCGGAGCGAGCCAAGUUUGUGGUGAAGAAGGCAGAGCAAGAGGCACGAACGGCCGAACUUGAAGCACAGAGGGCCGAGCUCCAGAAACUAUUGGAGGCUUCAGUUGUGGAGUGA